UGUAAAUUAGAGUAACAACAAAACAGGUCCAAACACGUCGCAUAUAAAGCACCCUGAAUAACGUACAUCUGACAUUUAUCUGAGAAAAAAAGAGCUUAUAAAGUUUGUUUUUAUCAAAUAAUAUCAAGCAAAUAUUUGUUUAUUUAUAAAAUUAAUAAAAUAAAUAUUAAAAAUGAGUGCACAAGUUGAAAGAUCAACAAAUGAAACCAACAAUGAUGAAGAAAUUGAAGAUGCUGGACAAGCUAAGCUAAUAUCUUGUAUUGAGGGAAUAAAUGGAAUAACUGCAGCAGAUAUAACAAAGCUAAAAGAUGGUGGUUAUUAUACAGUUGAAUCAAUAGCUUAUGCACCAAAAAAACAUCUUUUAACAAUAAAAGGUAUAAGUGAAGCAAAAGCUGAUAAAAUAAUGGCAGAAGCAUCAAAAUUAGUUGUUAUGGGUUUUAAAUCAGCAACUGAAAUUCAUCAAUCAAGAGCAAAUAUUGUAUUUAUAUCAACUGGAUCAGCUGAAUUGGAUCGUUUACUUGGUGGUGGUAUUGAAACUGGUUCAAUAACUGAAAUAUUUGGUGAAUUUCGUACUGGUAAAACUCAACUUGCUCAUACACUUGCUGUUAAUUGUCAAUUACCAAUUGACAUGGGUGGUGCUGAAGGUAAAUGUUUAUGGAUUGAUACUGAAGGAACAUUUCGUCCAGAACGUCUUGUUGCAUGUGCUGAAAGAUAUAAAAUGGCUGCUGAAAGUGUACUUGAUAAUGUUGCAUCUGCUCGUGCAUAUAAUACUGAUCAUCAAACACAAUUAUUAAUAAUGGCAAGUGCUAUGAUGACUGAAUCACGUUAUGCAUUAUUAAUUGUUGAUUCAGCAACAGCAUUAUAUCGUACUGAUUAUUCUGGACGUGGUGAAUUAUCAGCAAGACAAAUGCAUUUAGCUAGAUUUUUACGUAUGCUAUUGAGAAUUGCUGAUGAACAUGGUGUUGCUGUUGUUAUAACAAAUCAAGUUGUUGCACAAGUUGAUGGUGCAGCAAGUAUGUUUGGUGGUGAUCAAAAAAAACCAAUUGGUGGUAAUAUUAUUGCACAUGCUAGUACAACACGUCUUUAUUUACGCAAAGGUCGUGGUGAAACAAGAAUAUGUAAAAUUUAUGAUUCACCAUGUUUACCAGAGAGUGAAGCAAUGUUUUCAAUUAAUGCUGAUGGAAUUGGUGAUGUCAAAGAAUAAACAUAUACAAUUUUCAUUCAACAUUUUUCAUAAUAAAAUUGUUCAUUUU